AUCAUCCCGGCGAACACUCGCAUCACUCGCGUUGGGCCAAUCAACACUAGACAGAAAGGCCGUGUGUUGGUGGUGAAGCCCAAGGAGAGAGCUUAUGUCCUCAGCGGGCACCUCUUGUCUGGUAUGCGAUGGGGAGAGCUGCUUCUGCGUAAGAAGUGGCCGGUGCUGCUGGCAAUUUUCCUGGGGCUAGCUCUGCACGUGGCAGAUUUUUUCGGUGUCUUUUGCAACAUUGUGGAAUUCACAGGAGAGACCGGGGUCAUCCGCCUUCGGAUGCCAACGACGUUGUCGUGGAUCAUGUGGAUCACUGAAACUUUGCUGCUGGGGAUUGCAGUUUACUGUGUCUCCACACGAGUUCACAGCAAACUGCUUCGGAUGACCUUCAGCACGUUUGACCCAUGGGCCAUCAUAGCAUGCGUCCUUAGGGCCUGGGCUGCGAAGGCCUUUUCCCGACACUUUAUACACUUGGCUGCGGAGCAUGAGCGUGAGGUGCAUGUUUAUCUCUUGGAACUCCUCUUGGAGCUGGCCUUCAUGGUCGAGUUGUCUUCCCUGUUAAUCAUCACGGAGGCCGCGGAUGUGCCCAAGGAUUUCAAGCGCGUCUUCGUCGGGAUUUGCUUCACUUAUUCUGUAAUUUUGGCGGCUGUGGCGUUCUCUUAUCCAUAUUUGCCGGAAUGGGACCGUGAAGCAAAGUUGCAGCUGGAUUUCUUGUUCUUUGUGUCGAUGACUCCACUAUCGCAGUACAUAGGCGCAUUUCAAGUCAUUGCAGCGUUGUUGGCCAAAGCAGCAGUGAGUGUCCUCAUCUACAAGCAAGACUUCAUGUAUUUGCGAUGCCACUAUGACAUUUGCUUGGAUCAACUGGAAGCGUGUUUUGUGAAGUUGGCAGUCACUGACCCGUCUAUCUUGAUCUUCGAUGAUUUCAGCACUCUUUUGCAAAGCUGGGGCAUUUCGGAGGAUCAUAUCUACGCAGGAUUCAACCGGCUGGAUGUGGAUCAGUCUGGACGUGUUAGCCUUGCGCAGUUCAAGGUCUCUUUAAGAGAUAUUUUUUCCAGAUAUCCUGGAGCCUCCGAUCAUGCCUUAUUCACACGCUUCUGCCAGAGUGCAUUCGAAGACUCCAUGAGUUAUGCAUCGUUGAGUAGCAUGUUGGCCACAGUAUUUGGCCAGUGGCGCAAGAUUCGAAUAGAUCAAUUUGGGAAGCUGCUGUACAGGAAUUUCACGAGACAUCGAGAAAUCCUAAGUAUCUUCAAGAGAGACCGCAUGCGGACGCAAGCUCUGCUGUUUGGUGCCUUUAUUCACGCUGCGGCCCUUUUAAAAGAGAAGCCGAGCAGGUUAGCGCGGUUGCUGAAUAUUUGUGGAAUGUCUGAAAAUGGCGAAGAUGUGCUAAGGCAUCGGCACUACGGCAUCAAGCCGCAGUAUCUGUGCCUCUUCCAACUCUCCAUCUUGAACACCUUGGAUGACCAACUCAAUGGACUCUCACUGCAUUCCGAGAUCGCUUGGUCCGUGGUUUGGACCAACUUCGUGACCACCUCCUUCUUGCGGGGCCUCCUUCAUUUUGAUGAGAUCAGAAGUGAGAUGGUGCCUACCAUCUUGGAGCUUCUACAACAGGCGCGCAAAAAAGAGAAUUGCGUGAAGAUUUUGAUCAAAAACAUGAAGAUGAUGGGUGGACCCCGGGAUAGCAUUCAGGCGGUGUUUCGCGAUGAGGAGCACGAGCACAGGCAUCUGGGCGUCUUGCUGGGCUACCUGGAGCAGGUGCUGCGAAAGCUGCUGGAGAACAAAAUCGCCUCGGCACGGCAAACGAUUCGCCUGGCGGCCAAGGUGCACUGGGACCGCAAGAUGCUCGGCGCGAUAGCGGGCGGGCAGGGCGCUUGGUGCUGGAUGAUGGUGGUCACCACCGAGUUGUGA